AAAAUCGAAUAUAAGAUCAGAUUCAUCCAUUUGUUCAUUUGUUUACAAUUAAUGUCCCUACGAUAAUAAUAUGUUUGAGUCAGAUUCAGACGACGAAUUCCUCCGUGGAUAUGAUGUAUCGUAUGAUCCAGAACUUUGCGCAGCAUCUAAAAUGCCGUCAUUGCAAAAAAACGAUAGCGCCGAGUGUAAAAUUAAGUCAGAGGAAAAUAAUGAAUGGGACAACUCAAGUUUGUACGAUGUUCCCGCCGCUUGUCUGACCCAAUCCCAGAUUCCUAACGUUAAUGACGUUCCUCAGAAAUAUUUAGACUGUCUAAUGCAGGAAUUUGGGCAUACUGGUUUUAGAACAGUACAGUGGACUAUCAUACGGUCUAUUUUGCAAGAAGGACGUGAUAACUGCGCAAUUAUGGCCACAGGAUACGGUAAAUCGUUGACGUACCAAUUUCCAGCCGUUUAUCUUGAUAAGGUUGCAAUUGUUGUAAGCCCCUUGAUAUCCCUAAUGGAAGAUCAAGUAAGAGCUUUAAAUUUAACACGCGAACGCGCCUGCUUGCUAGGAUCAGCGCAGUCCGACAAAGAGAUAGACAGACGUAUUCUGAAUUUGGACUUCAACUUGGUUUAUACCACACCUGAGUAUAUAACCGGAGAGUCCGGCCUAAGUCUACUUACGGCCUUAGAAAGUAAUGUGAUAUUGUUAGCUGUAGACGAAGCCCAUUGUAUCUCUCAAUGGGGCCAUGAUUUUCGUUAUGCUUAUCGAAGAUUGAGUGUUCUCCGAAAAACGGUGCCGCAUGUGCCAAUAUUAGCCGUCAGUGCAACUGCAACUUUACAAGUGCGUGAUGACAUAUGUCGUCAAUUAAACCUAAGACAUCCACAGCUAAUGAGUACCGGCUUUGAUAGACCAAAUUUGGAAUUUAUUGUGCGCACAAGAUCCUCUUUGCGAAACGGACUUGGUGUUUGGCUAGAUCUGGGAUCGUUUAUCUUUCGAGCCUUGAAUGAUCAUGGAUCCGUUAUUAUCUAUUGUAAUACAUGCAAGCAAACUGAGAUUGUGGCUAACGAAAUAAAGCAGCAUGUUCCUUGCAACAUUUAUCACGGUAAACUUUCAAUGAAGGUGAAACAUAGAAAUCAGCACGAGUUUUCCCGCGAUGAGGUUCGGGUUAUCGUAGCAACAAUGGCUUUUGGCAUGGGCAUCGAUAAGCCAGAUGUUCGAUUGGUAGUUCAUUAUGGCGUUCCUAGUGAUUUGGAAAGAUAUUAUCAAGAGGUGGGUCGUGCUGGACGCGAUGGCUUACACUCCAAGUGUGUUCUCUUCUACAAUUCUUCCGAUUGGAAAACACACCAGCUUCUUCGUGAUGGUUCAAAUCAACGCCAUUUAAUGCAUCUGGAGAAUCUAGCUGUAAAGAUGUCUGCUUACACCAAGUUAGCCACUUGUCGAAGAAAAUUUAUAUUAGAAUAUUUCGAUGAUGAAGCUGCUUCAACAUUACAAACAAGAAAAGACUGCUGUGACAAUUGUUUCAGAAUUGCGAACAAAGUUGAUUAUGGGAAAAUAUACGAGGGAUUAGACGAGAAUGGCAUGUUGGAUAUUACGGAAGACUCAAUAGAUUUUCUUCUGCUGAUAAAAGAUUUGAAUGGUCGAUUUGGUCUGGGCAAGAUAAUUUUAAUACUGAGGGGAUCAAAGCGGCAAGAAGUUCCCAAACAAUAUUACAAGCAUCCUUUAUUUGGCAAAGGAUCAUCAAAGUCUGAAGCUUGGUUCAAAAUGUUGGCUGAAAACUUACAAUCAUUAGGUUAUGUUCAAAAUGUAACUAAGCAGAGUGCUUUUGGAGGUUACUCUUUGUUAGACCUCACCACAUUAGCUAAAGAUUGGCUAAAUGAAACACGAUCAAAACGUUCCCCCAUUAAAAUAGAAGUAUAUGAAGAUAUUUUAAAAUUUUUAAAACCGAAAAAGUGUAAAUUACCACCAGCUACAAUUUCGUUGGGAGCGAAGACAGAUUCAGCAAAACAGGAAGAUGUCGAACUCAUGAAGGCACUUAUGAAGGUUCGUACCCAAAUAGCUACAGAAUUGGACGUUAUGCCAUAUAUGAUAGCUUCAAAUAUCGCUCUGAAUCAAAUAAAUGAACACAAACCCAAGACAGUGGAUGAGAUGAAGGCAUGCAAGUUGGAUGGUUUCUAUGAAGCGAAAUAUAUACGUUUUGGAAGUGCAUUUGUUAAGUGCGUUUGUGAUUAUGUCAACGGCACGACUGACACAACAAUAAAAUGCGAAUCCUUACCGAAAGAACAGUUGCAAAAUCCCGCAAAAGUAGAACAGUUGCAAAAACCCGCAAAAGUAGAACAAAUUCAUAAGGAACCAAUCAAAGUGGAAAAUGCAUUGGAUUCUUCUCGCAAAAGGCGAUUAUCCAACGACUUAUGGGGCGAUGACUCUGAAUAUGAUGAUGCCGAAUUAUCACAAAUUGGAGAUGAAACAGAAAAAAUGCUGCAAAUUUCAAAAGAAAGUAAUAGUAAUGAUGAAUCGUUGGAAAGUACAGAAUUGGACCUGCUAAUAGCCGACAUAGAAAAGGUACAAAAGGAAAUUGAAAGCGACCAACAAAUUAAUAGCGCCGCUUCAACAAAAUCACCGAAUAUAAAGGCAUCUUCGUUGAUAAUUCAAAAGCAACCAAUUUAUCAAUACGAAGACAGUUCGGAGAGCUCCGACGACGACAACGGAAAUACACCACAGAAAACAUCACCAAUACCAGUAGUGUUCAAAACUCCAGAAAAACUACAUAAAUCACCUGUGAAAAGAAGCCGUAUAUUACCAUCUUGGAUGAAAAAGAGCCAUUAAAUUCUGUGAUGUAUGAAAUUUGUUUUUUUUUUAAUACAAAUAAUUUUCUUUCGUUAUUUAUAAGUAAAAUUUGAGUUCAGACCUUAAUAGAAAAAGUUAUGGUAACUAUUAAUCGAAAACCAGUCAAUACACGGGGUACAGAUUGAUACCCCUUGAUAUCUAAUUGGUUGUAUAAAAUUGGAAAAAGAAAAAGUGAAAAAAGUGCACUUGCAAAAGGCAUGUAACCUUA